UGUGCUGAGAUAAUGUAGAGACGCCAGUCGCUUGAAGGCUGCGUGGGAUUCACUGCUUGGGACUAACCUCUGUCAAGAAUUUGUUAUCCGAACGAUCACUUUGGAAAUAGCAGAAUAUAUUUUAAGUAAAAUUCUGCUUUUAACAUUUAUAGCCAUAUUUCCGCCUGACACCUAAUGCAAUGAUCAGAUUUAUUGUUCUUUUUGUUGAGUUGUGCAUCGUUUGUCAGUCUCUGGGUGAUUACACUGAGGGCUCAGCGUCUUCUUACCAGGACACCAAUGAAGUUGUGCAUGAGGACGAGACUUACUACACCCCUCAGUUGGACUAUAAACAUCCGCAGUGGUGCCAUGUACUUAAGCUGUCCAAUGGAGAAGUGUCCUGUUCUUCUCCUCGAGGCGGGCACCACCGGGGCUCGCUUGGAACUCGCUGUUUGCUCUCCUGUGUUCGAGGAUAUAAACGGCUGGGACGAUCAUCUGUGCAGUGCAUGCCCAACCGCCGCUGGUCUGGAUCCGCUGUUUGUCGAAAGAUACGCUGCCAUGUUCUGCCUCUGAUUGACCACGGUAUGUACAGUUGCACCCGUGGUUUCGUGGUAGACUCCAGGUGUGACUACACCUGCUAUGAAGGCUACCAGAUUGAGGGAGAUCGCUACCGGAUGUGCCAAGAAGAGGGAACAUGGAGUGGCACAGAACCGACGUGUGCAGAUCAUGAUCCCCCCAAACUGAAAUGUCCUUUGUCCAGAGUGAAGGUAGCAGAACCAGGAAAACUAACUGCCAUGGUUUCAUGGGAGCGUCCGGUUGCUAAAGAUACCGCUGACAGAGCACUUCAGGUCUUGCGAAAUGGGCUGGAGUCUGGAUCUGACUUUCCUGAAGGAAUGCAUGUAAUUCGAUAUAAAGUCUCUGACCAGGCUCGCAACAGAGCCACAUGCAAGUUUACGGUGCAUGUUGAAGUGAGACGAUGCCCAAAGCUUAAGCCACCUAUGCAUGGCUAUCUGACAUGCUCAUCUGAUGGCAAUAAUUAUGGGGCUGUAUGUGAAUAUGAUUGUGAUCCUGGCUUCGAAAGGACAGGUUUUGCAACACGCGUUUGUCAGCUCAAUCGCAGCUGGUCUGAUGAAGCCGCUCAGUGUGUAUUAAUGGCUAUUAAAACAGACGUCAGGUCUGCUGGUGCUCUGCUUGACCAGUUUUAUGAAAAGAGAAGGCUUCUUGUUGUGUCUACUCCAGACAACGCUAACCAGAAGUACAGGCUUCAGAAUAUUAUGCUGCAGAAAGCUGAGUGUGGUCUGGAUCUGCGACAUGUGACAGUGAUCGAGCUGUUAGGAACUUCACCUCGUGAAGUGGGCCGCAUCAAAGAACAACGACUAGAUCCUGAAGUCAUAGAGGGUCUUAGACAGGCACUGUAUAUAUCUACGGCAUAUUUCACCAUGGUGCUGCUGGAUGAGUAUGGUGUGGAUCGGGAGCGCUUUGUUAACCCCACCACCUCUGAUGAGCUCUACUCAUAUGUAGAUGAGUAUCUCCUCGCAGAGGAGGAGCUAGAGAGACUGGAGAUGAACAGGGACUUCUGUGACUGACCUCGGUCUGA